CUGCAGUUUGUGCCCGCCACAUUGCCUAAACACGCUUCAAGACAUGACAAUGCUGACCUCGUAUGGGACACUGGCCGAGAAAGAGUGUUGCCAGAUGACAGUGGGAAGCGCGCAAAAGCUACCGAUCCCCCGGAUAGGCCAUCGUUUGACACAUUCGACAAGCAGUCAGAGUCAUAAUCCGAGAGAAUCUUGCUGCACGUCAUCCAGCCAGUGACGCGUGGCACAGUGUAUCCUCCCCAUGGAGGUAGGUCAACCCUCACACUGGUAUGCGCAAGGCUCAGCUUUGGCGCUAAGCUGCCGAGUUCCAUCUUACACGACUUUUUGUAUCUUGUUGCCCGCAGCCAGGCAGCCGCCUCACUAGACACACUCACGCCAUUCACACGCACAACAGACCGCCAUGUCUGCACCCUCCAUACCCAAUCUGCUCUCGUUGCGCGGGACCAGGGGAGGUGCCCGUGGCCGCCUGCAGAGACGAGGAGGUGGUCCUCCAGCCGCCCAGGGUACCAGCCCAGCACCAAGCAACGAUGCCGUCGUCCAAGGCACAGACACUGAUGCCGCCCUCUCCCGCAUGAGCGCAGUGGACUUGGGCUAUCUCCAAGACCCGUAUGCCGCCCUCUUUGUCCAGCGCCCUACCGUCGGCCUCGGCAGGCGUCGGCUGCCCAUUAUCAAUCGAGGUACCUAUGCGAGAACGACAGGCAUCGACAGGCUCGUGGACUUGUUCCUGGCCGAAGCCGGCGGGCAUGCCCGUCAGAUCAUCUCUCUUGGCGCCGGCACAGACACGAGAGCAUUCCGCAUGUUGGCGCAAGGCCAGCAGUCCCGCCUCAUCUAUCACGAGGUUGACUUCCCCACUACCUCGGGCAGAAAACUGCAGCUGGUCCAGGCCGUGCCAGCGCUGAGGGCAAUUCUGCCAGAGGCACAGGGGAGUGAGGUUGACUGGUCCUCUACAAAGCUGCCCAACGAGUGCCAGUAUUGGUGCCAUGGUGUUGACCUGCGUGAACUGUCCGUAGAUGGAGGCAAGUCGCUUGAGGGUGUGCGCUCAGACGUGCCUACCUUGGUGAUAUCCGAGUGUUGCCUCUGCUAUCUCGAGGUUGGCGAGGCCACGGGCGUCGUCAAGCAUUUCACGGACAAGAUUCCAGACCUCUCUCUUGUCUUGUACGAACCAAUACUUCCGCACGACGCGUUUGGUCAGCAGAUGGUGUCGAACCUCGCGGCGCGGCGUCUCAGGAUGCCGACGGUGCAGACAUAUAUAGACAUGCCGCAGCAGCAGAAGCGAUUGAGGGACGCGGGCUUCGAGCAGGCGCGGAGCAUGACGAUCGGGGAAGUUUGGAAGCAUUGGACGUCUCCGAACGAGAAAACACGCGUGGACAGCCUUGAGGGCCUGGAUGAGGUCGAGGAAUGGGACCUGCUUGCCAGCCAUUAUAUGCUCGCCUGGGGAUGGCGAGGUGAUGGAUUUGGGGGCUGGAAUAGAUCUUGAGCUGAAGACAUCACUAAGGUGGUAUCCCGAGGCAGACGACGUGCUUGACGGCUUGGAGUUCUCUACGAUAGUAUGGAGGUAUACCCAUGUGCUUGUCUACCUUGAGUAUUCGAAAAGCAUCCUCGGCCCUUAGGCAUCCCGAGGUGAAAGCGGAAGGCCAGUAAAUGCAGGUGAGCACUCAGAUAUCUGUCACGAAUGCAGACAUUGCGAAACAGACCGUCUUGGGGAUUGUGGGGGAAUUGUCGUGCAUGCGCUUCCUUCCACGUGAAAGUGCCUGCAUGUGGAAAUAAA